AUAUAAUCAUCGAUAUCUCGCUAGAGGGAAGCGUUCAAAGGAUAUAUAAAAGGAAAAAGAUAAUCUAAAUGCACGUUAAAUAACAAGUGAACGAUAUCAAACUACGAUGAAACUCAUUCUCUUUGCAACACUCUUUUUCGUGGCAGCUCUGGCCGAGAAGCCUUAUCUUGGUUUUAAGUCGCCCUCAUUUUCACCACGUAUGAUUAGUGGAGCAGAUGCAAAAAAAGGUGAAUUUCCUUAUCAAGUUUCCUUGCAAUGGGGUUUAACUGUUUCUAGGUUACAACACUUUUGCGGUGGAGCGAUCAUAAACGAGAAUUGGAUUCUAACUGCCGGACAUUGUAUUUUGCCUGUACCACGUUACGGCAAGUUCUUUGUAAAAGCUGGAAAAUAUAAUAUUCGUUCCAUCGAAGAUACGGAACAAAGUAUUGAAGUAGAAAAGGCCAUCAUACACGAAUCCUACAUUGGUGGCGUUGCUCCCUACGACAUAGCUUUGCUAAAACUAAAAACACCAUUGAUAUUGAGCUAUACAAUAUCCCCAGUGAAUUUACCAAUAAAUGGAAGCACACCAAAGCCAUAUUUAAAGCCUUUUUUCAGCGGUUGGGGAUCCGUAUCAACUGCUUCUUUCACAGAGAUGGCUGAUAAUUUGCAGAAAGCAAAUCCUACGAUUCUAUCUUUUUAUAAAUGUGAUGAACGCUUGAAAAAUCUGAUUGGAUCAUCGCCUCUUCACGUAACCAAUAUUUGCACUGAGUCCUUGAACGACGUCAAUCCUUGCAGUGGUGAUUCUGGUGGUCCACUCGUUUAUAAGAAUUCUGCUAAAUUACCUGAAAUAAUUGGUAUAGUUUCAUGGGGUAUUCAACCAUGUGGUACUCGUAAUGCACCAUCCAUCUAUACCCUAGUUUCUGCAUUCUCUGAAUGGAUCCAAACCAAUAUUAAUAAAAAUUAAUUGUAUAUUUGUUAUUUUUGAGAAAAUAUUUCUGAUCGAUCACUUUCACUUUUAGUUAAUGAUCUUUUUUUCUGCAAUAAAAAAAUUUUAACAAA